AUGGCUGCUCAGCAAGGCGAAACAAAACAGAUAAUUGUUGUCAUUGGCGGCAGUAUUGUUGGCACGUCAACUGCUUACUAUCUGUCGCACCAUCCGCUCUACGACUCCAAAGUACACUCAGUUACCGUUCUCGAGGCCAACAAUAUUGCGGAAGGCUCUAGUGGAAAGGGAGGAGGACAAAUUCUCAAAGCGACCGACUCUCCCGAGCUGAAGGGCAAUGGUGAUGCACCUUCAUCUCUGGAUUGGCUUCUGCCUGGAAGUACACAGCAGUAUGGUGAGAUAGGCGUUCCAGGAAAUUCUGGCCAGGUGAACCCUUACAUGUUCACCAAGACACUCGCCAAACUCGCUGAGUCGAAAGGCGUUAUGUUCAAACUCAAAGCAUCUGCAACCAAGAUCAAUUUAGAUGAGAUAGGAAGGUUGUCAAAUCUGUCGAGUUCGAGGAUGAUGAAGGCACCCAUACGAUUGAUGCAACUGACAUACUCUGUUAUUGUUAAGCCAACAAGGCCGCUGUCACCAUACAUACUUUUCCGCAAUAUCCAACCAGCUCCAGCCAGCCCAUUCGACGAGUUACUCUCACCAGAUAUCUACCCUCGGCCUGCUGACCACCUCUAUGAAUUUGACACCGUCUACGCCAUCGGACUCGAUGACUGCGAAACUAGCCUACCCUCUGAUACUGGAGAUAUCGAGCUGGUUGACCAGAAAUGCGCCGACAUUUUGAAAGCAAUCGGAAGCGUUUCACAAGAAAUCCAUGAUGGGGCACUUGUUAAGAAGCAAGCUUGCUAUAAGCCUCAGAUACGGCAGCAUGAAGAAGAUGAGGAGGUCGGUCCUAUGGUCGGACCUGUCGGGAUUCAUGGCCUAUGGCUCGCAACUGGCCAUGAUGAGUGGGGUAUUCAGAAUGGACCCGGAACGGGCCUGGUCAUGAGUGAGAUGAUCCUCGAAGGCAAAGCCCACAGCGCAGAUUGCAGCAGCUUGGAUCCGAAACAUUUUCUUAACACCAGCACAAAAUUGUAG